AUGGUGAAAGGUGCAAUGCGAUGUUCUUCAAUGAGUAAUGGUGGCAAAUGGUUUGCUCAUGAAGUUUUACCAGAAGAGAAAAGGAGUCGUGAGGCUUGUACGAGCACUGGGAUCAUGCUGACUCAGGUUAAAUCAGCACUGCCUGAGGCUUUGAACUUGGAGCGCUUUCCUAAAUCGAAAUCUCAGCAGAAAUCCAGAGAGUAUCCUUUCUCCGGCCAUGACAACAAGAAUGCCUUAAAAGACAACAUCUCUGUCUUCAGUAAUGGUGUAGGACUCAGGAAGAGUCUUAAUGAUCCCAGACAGCAACACUCCCAUUUCUGCCUGUCCCACGACGGAGCUUACAGCAGCUCUGAAGAAACCGAGGGGAACAUGUCGGUCCAACACACUGAAUUCACGGUGAAGCAGGCUGUUAAUGUUCCCACCAGCACCAGGCGGUUCCCCCACAACCACAAGCAGAAAGCUGCAGAGGCAGCUCUGGAGGAUUUCAUGUGGUUUGGCAACUUGAAUGUCUCAGAGACCCUGCAAGUGCUGGCAGCUAACUGCUCAACACCAUCCAGGCCCCAACGUGUAGGACACUAGAUCAUAGAGAGGGUGAGGGGGACUUUCA